CUGCCCGGAGCCAACAUCUCGUCUCGUUUUUCUGUUCCUCUUCCCUUAUCCCCCAUCUCCUUUUUUGCUGUUGCUGCAUUUUGCAGACUCCUCAAUUUUUUGGUCUUUCGCACACCUCUUGUCUCGUCACCUUGGCCUCCAGCCAUCGUUUUACGUUUUCCCGCGUUGCCCGUCUCCUCCUGCCGGCUUUGCGCCUCGAGUUUGCCAACAGUACAAGCGCUCACGCGUUACGACGCCGCCCUCACCCGAACCCUCCGGACCGCCACGUCCUUUUUCUUUUUCUUCUUCAACUCACCAGGCUCUAUCGACAGUGAACCUCUCGAAAAUUAUACCAGCAGUUUCGCAUUUGUCGGAUAAGUGCGGUUUGCAUCUGCCAGGCUUUUCUCCUGAUUUUUCUUGUUCGUUCGCCUCUGCGCUCACAUCCCGCUGCCUUGUCGUGUGCUGAGUCGACAUUCGAGCCCGACUUGCCCAAUGUCGACUGGCGCUAUUCGCUCAACCGCCCUCAGAGCCGGCGGCGCCUGUGUUCGAUGCCGCAAAGGCAAGACCAAGUGCGUCUAUGAAAAUGGUCGCGCGCCAUGCAAAAAUUGCGCAAAGGGCAUGCAUGAGUGCUAUUUGCCCUCGGAAAGCGUUGCGCAUCACCACGGCCAGAGCCCAGCCCGCCAUCCUGCCGCCCAUCGCCCAGCGCGCGACAGCCUCCCGGCCUCCGGCUCCGGCUCCUCUGAAGCUAGACAGCCCACGGCGGGCGCUGGCGGGUCCAGACAGCACCCAGUCGCCGCCGAAAAGCUAACCCCGGAGCUUGUCGCUGAGUGCGAGCGAAUUGUCACCAAAACAUUCCCGGCUUGUGUUGCCUUCCACAAGCCUUCCUUUGUGCAGCAACUGAAGAGUGCAUCGCUUGACCCAGCCUUGGUCUGUGGUCUGCUCGCAUGUGCUUCACGAAGUUCGUCUACUUUGACGCGCCGCUUUGGAAGUGCCACACAGGCUGCGGAAACUUAUGCCGCCAAGGCCAUUGCGUUGGUGAACCAAAACAUUGACCAGCCCAACCUGGACGAAAUCCAAGCUCUGUGCCUGGUUAUCAUUCAUGAAUGGGGAACUCGCAAUGCGGUUCGAGCCUACAUAUAUCUCGGCCAGGCGGCCAGGAUGCUACAAAUGUAUCGCAUCCUAAACAGCCACCAUACGCCUGAGAGCGGGGAUCCCUUUUUGCGUGACGAGAGCUUCCGACGAACCCUGUGGCUGAUUUAUAUCCUCGACUGCAUGCUCACCAGCACACCAGGAAGAUUCCCUGCGUUGACUCCACAAGACACAUCAGAUGUCGCUCUUCCGUGCUCAGACAUCAACUUUGCAUUUGGAAACGCGAUCCAUGUAAAGACGCUGCUUCAGCACUUUAACCAUGUGCCGGUCUCCCCUAGCCACGCCCCUACUGGUGACAUUGGAGAAUAUGGCUACAUUGUCUUGGCGGCCACCAUAUGGCGAGAUGCCGUGGGGAUGCUUGCUACAACCACUCUGCAUACCUUUCGCGAGGAAGAAUGUUCCGACCUGAUUAGCAAGAUUGAACGCCUUCGCGCAUCCCUUCCCAUGCAGCUGGUGGAUAAGGCGGGUCAGAUAAACCUGCACAUAACCAUGGGCUCUGGAUACACAUUCGCCAUGUUGCACUGUCUGUUACACUGCGCCACCAUCUUUGUUCAUCGGCGUCGACUUCUUCAGGAAGUCACUGCGCGCAACUUCAGUUUGGAGAACUUCCGUAUGGCAGCCCAGUGUCAUGAUCUUGUUGAUAGGCUCUUUACUUCAAGCCAUGGAAUCAUUUCGCUUCUCAAUGCGGUUGAAUCCGGGUCAGAAAAGGAUAGUGUCACGACUUUCCCCAUUUUCAUGCUCUUCUCGGCUUUUACGGCUAGCGCCACGAUUGCAUAUCUUUCCCUGAAGGGAUUGACUCCUAGUAACGCGGUCGAGACUGCGGGCCAUAUCGUCAAGGAUGGAGUGCGCUUCAUGCAAGAUGGCAAUGAAAUCUGGCCGCUUAUGGGCAGCUGGCUUAGACACUUGGGUGUUAUGCAGCGCGUGCUGAACAAUGAUGCUGCGGCUGCUGAUGCCCUCAGCGGUGCCGGUGGUGUUCGACAACCUUCUACCAGCCACAGCGGCAUGUCUGGCGUCAAGGACGAAGUAGCAUCCAACGCAGACACCAACCCCGACACAGCAAUGGAUUACGACCAGCAGUCGAACAAUGGCCUAUCCGGAGCGCCGUUCCUCCCGCCACCCCCUCCUCGGUCUGUCUCGGAUGCUGGACGCGACGGCAGUGAGCCUCCCGUAUCCAUUCCCCGGCGUCCGGGAGUUACCACCAUUAACGGUGGCUCCGCCUCGGGAGGCCCCGUAUCAAUUACAUCCCCUCCUACAAGCCAUGGGCCACCCAGCCAAGGCGGAACCGAGCCCAAGCAGCAUACCCCGGACGCGCCAUCUAAUGGUGGUCCGAUAUCUCACGACGGACAGGCCACUCAAGACAUGACCGCCCCGGAACUAUGCGCCGCCUUUGAGCGCCAGUUGUUGGAUCUGGACGACUUGGCCGCGUUUAUGGGUGGUGGCGUCUAAUGAGGGGCCCAACAUCUUUGUAGGAUUACUGGGAGGGCGUAUGACGAGACUACGCGCCAACAACAGAUAAUGUUUUUUUUGUCUUUUUCUUGUUACUUUUCUCUAGUCUUUGGGCGUUGCAGGCAAGACGGCGUAGGAUCACGGUUAGGCAUGGAGUGAGUGCGUUGCGAUUUAUACUAGCGAGAGACAAGUCUCUAGCAGGGGAUGAGUGUGCAUUGGGGGGGGCGGAGUUGAGAGAGGACAAAAAGCCAAACAGACUGAUUGCAUUCUGGGUGAUUUGUGGAGUAGAAUGAUGUUUUGCUUUUAUAUAUUCGGUACUAUUCUGAGCGUGCCAACCAAUAUGACCCAAGUUCUUUU